AUGAAUGUCCAGGCAUUCAUUGCUCUGUUUCUAAUAUCCAUUUUCACAACCCCAACCUCUGCUCAUUUCUUCCCCAACAUGUCUUCCUUACCCCCUAACCUCAUCCCAAACACCACCGCCGGCGCCUGGGCAAGCUUUGUCAAACUCCUCGGCUGCCACACCGGCCAGCAAGUCGACGGAAUAGCCAAACUCAAGCAAUACUUUCAGUACUUCGGCUACAUAAACAACUCCACUAACUUCACCGACGACUUCGACAAUGUUCUCGAGUCAGCUCUCAGAACGUACCAGCGGAACUUCAACCUCAACACCACUGGCGUGCUCGACGGACCAACACUCAAAAAACUCAUAUCACCCAGAUGCGGCAACGCCGAUAUAAUCAAUGGCACAAGUUCAAUGAAUUCCGGGAAAUCACCCUCCGCGUCGUCGAUCCACCUUCACACUGUCUCUCAUUUCUCUUUCUUUGCCGGCAAGCCACGUUGGCCGGAGAGGAAGACCGACUUAACCUAUGCGUUCUCGCCGGAAAAUCAACUCUCAGACUCUGCCAAGAGCGUGUUCUCCCGGGCCUUUGAACGGUGGUCUGAGGUUACUCCCUUGACUUUCACUGAAACGGCGUCGUUUUCCGCCGCUGAUAUCAGAAUUGGUUUCUUUAGUGGGGACCACGGAGAUGGUGAGCCGUUCGAUGGGCCUCUAGGAACGUUAGCUCACGCGUUUUCGCCGCCAAGUGGAAGGUUUCACUUGGACGGUGACGAAAACUGGGUGGUUGACGCUAACCUUAUCAAUUCUCCAUCGCUUGUCUCGGCCGUAGAUUUGGAGUCCGUGGCGGUUCAUGAGAUCGGGCAUUUGCUGGGUUUGGGUCAUUCAUCGGUCGAAGAAUCGAUUAUGUACCCGACUAUAACGGCAGGUCAGAGAAAGGUUGAGCUUGCUAACGAUGAUGUAGAGGGGAUCCACGUUUUAUACGGGUCGAACCCGAAUUUUAAUGGGACAUCGUCGUCGACGCCGGCGGAGAGAGAUACUAACGGGGCCCACUUUGUGGGUCCUUUAAUGGAUCUGUCGUUAUUAUUAGUGUUUGGAUUUGUGUUGAUGUUUUUUUAA